UCAAAGUCAUAUCUUGCUGACAGAGUCAAAGCUUAACUUGGAAUUACAGAAUUGCCCUAUCAUUUUUUGUGUAUUUGUAUUCAUCAAAAUCAUUUUAGUCAUCUCUCUGCAGAGAAAAAUCAGCUCCGAAAAAUUACUAUGGUGAGGAACUGAUCUUUAACCUCUUUCAACUUGUUGCAGUGAACUGCCUCUGUUGUAUCAUACUCCGUUCUUCCUGUCAUGGGUUUUAAUGGGUUGGCUGAUGAGACGAGUGAAAGAAGGCUAUACAUCGGUAAUCUUGAUCAAAGAAUAACUGAGUCGGUCUUGAUCAAGAUGUUUUCUCCUUAUGGAAAGAUCGAGUCGGAGGAAUUUUUAUGGCACACUCGUGGUCCAAAGCGAGGAGAGCCACGAGGUUUCGCUUUCAUUCAGUUCAGUACUAAAGAGGAAGCACAACUAGCAAAGCAGAAAAUGGAUGGAAGAUUGGCUUGUGGGCGUCCAUUGGUUAUCCGGUAUGCUAGUGAGAAAUACUAUCUGGAAAUGUCAAGCACAUCCCCAAAAGCUUCCAGUGUUGGUAUUGUCAGUGAAGCGAAGAAAGCAAGUCAAGCGGGUAGUAGUACUCAUUCGGGUCAAAUGAGUCGAAGUGCUAAAAUUGCUGCCAUAAAGAACAAACUGAAAUUCUUAGAAGAGGAAGAUAACUGUUGUUUAAAGAAGAAGUCCAGGCAAGGUGAUAGUGUCACUUGAUCCUCAACUGGCUGUAGCCUUUUAUUACCAGCAGACAGUUUACCCAAAAUCAUAGGGCAGUCUGAGCUUGAGUAGAUUUUUCCGUCGCUUGAAAUUCUCUGGUAUUUGUGAGGUCUGAGCUUUGUUGAUGAGCUGCUAAACAAAGAAGCAGCUGUAAUGUUUAUCUGUAUUUAAUCAGCUUGGAUUACUUUUUUUAGUACCUGUCUUGACACUAAAUAUCCACGAAUUAUCUCUUAUAACAGGUCCAGUGCAGUGAUUUCAAUGAAAGAGUCAUUUUUUGUAGUUA